CCAUCACAUACUGCACUUGAGCUCACAACAACUCUACAAGCCCUUUUAGCAACACAACCAAAUCUUAAAAGACUUGAGAGUUGCAGAUACAUAAAAAUUCUACAAUGGGCAAGGGUGGGCGCAUGUCUGUGCAACCUGUAGCAAACACUGAGGCUGAGAAAAACGAGAGUAUUGUUCGUCGAGUUCCUCACCAAAAGCCACCAUUUACCAUAGCCGAUAUCAAGAAGGCCAUUCCGCCACACUGUUUUAAUCGGUCGCUUAUUCGUUCCUCUUCCUACCUUGUCUUCGACAUUGCUGUUUGCUUCUUCCUCUACUACAUUGCCACCAAUUACAUUUCUCUCCUCCCCGCUCCCCUUUCUUAUGUGGCCUGGACCGCGUACGUUUAUGUUCAGGGUUGUUUUAUGUUCGCCAUAUGGGUGGUGGCGCACGAGUGCGGCCACCAUGGCUUUAGCGACUAUCAUUUGCUCAACGACACAUUAGGCUUUAUUCUACACUCUCUUUUACUCGUCCCUUAUUUCUCCUGGAAGAUCAGUCACCGUCGCCACCAUGCCAACACCAAUUCUCUUGAUCGCGAUGAAAAUCAUGUUCCUAGGUUCAAGAACACGAUCCGAUCAUAUUACCAUCACUUCAACAAUCCAUUAGGCCGCGUUUUUAUCAUCACAUUCACCCUAACCCUGGGAUGGCCUUUGUACUUGAUCGUAAACAUAGCAGGGCGAUCUUACGAUCGUGUUGCAUCCCACUUUGAUCCGUACAGUCCUAUUUACUCCGAACGUGAACGACUUCAAAUCAUGUUAUCCGACCUAGGCUUCGUCGCAGCCUGUUACGGACUCUACCGGAUUGCACUCGUGAAGGGGUUCGCAUGGGUAUUCCUGGUCUACGGAGCUCCAUUACAUGUGGUGAAUGGUUUCCUUGUGAUGAUCACUCUAUUGCAUCACACUCAUCUUUCGUUGCCUCACUACGACUCUUCGGAAUGGGACUGGUUGAGAGGAGCUCUCGCCACGGUUGACAGAGACUACGGAAUCCUGAACAAAGUGUUCCAUCACAUAGCCGAUACUCAUGUCCUCCACCAUUUGAUCUCCUCCAUCCCACAUUACCAUGCUCAGGAAGCUACCGAAGCCAUUAAGCCGGUGCUGGGAGAGUAUUAUCAUUACGACGGAACUCCAUUUUACAAGGCAAUGUGGAGGGAAGCCAAGGAGUGUCUCUACGUUGAGGAAGAGGAUGAAGGUGACAACAAGACUAAGGGUGUCUAUUGGUACAAAAAUAAGCUUUGAAGGACUUAAAGCCAAUUGCUUUUGCCUAGUUUUAAUUAUUUGAAAUCAUUGUCAAUUUCUGGUUAAUUUAGUUAUAGCUUGGAGCUGAUGUGGAAGAUGUAAAAACACAUUUUGUAUACGUAUUUUUGACGAAAAUGAUUGUGCUAUUACUUUCAUCGUCCACCGAAAAUCAAUCGAAAAUCAUCCUUUAACUUGCGGGA